AUGGCCUCGGAAAUUCUAUGCAAGUCGCCAAAGGUGUCUUCGUCAGAUAAUUUUGAUGAAGACCUACUGGAAGACAUGGAAUUAGAUGAAGAGCUACUUAGGGAGUUACUAGAGGAAAUCAACGAUGAUAAUGUCGACCAGAUGUCAAUGAUGGAAACUGUGCUAAACGAUAUGCCACCCUCCAAAGAGGAGAAUGGUGGCUUCUUUCAUGUCCUUCCAGAUAAUGAGUCCCAACUACUGUUUUAUCAGGACAAGCAGAUACAAGAUUUUGAUUAUUGGAUUACCCAACAAAUUGCAGAAAUGCCUGGCUCAUUUCCAGGGCUGUGGUUCGAAAACGAGAUGAUGCCGUUCUGGAACAUGGAGAAUAGGAUCGAAGAGAUGAUGGUUGAUGACAUUGUCUAUGUCGAGUUGUGGGAAGACUAG